AUGCAGGCCGCGCGAGCUUUCAAGCGCAAUCGCCCGGUUGAUUUCGAGGGGUUCGACUUCAAGGGGGGCUACGGGCCCCCACCCACGAACGGCACGGCCUGGCUCCUGAGCACGGCCGGUGUGGGUGACGAGUACUAUGACGAUUACGACGACAACUACGAGGACGGGCCCCCAAUCCCCGACCAGUGGGACACCAUGGAGCCCAAGUAUGUCAACGACCGCCGCGUGUUGAUCAACAAGCAGAUCGAGUCGUCCAGCCUGCGAGUCCAGGGCAUGGAUAAGGAGGACAUGGGCGUCAUGGCGACCGACGAGGCGCGCCAGAUCGCGCGCGAGGAGGGUGUGGACCUCGUUAUGAUCUCGCCCGACGCUAACCCGCCGCUCGCGCGGCUGAUCAGCUUCAGCAAGUUCAAGUACGAGGCGGAGCGCGCGACCAAGCAGAGGCAGAAGGCGUCCAAGGGUGUCGAUUUGAAGGAGCUGCGGCUGCGGCCUGUCACUGAGACGCACGACUACGCCGUCAAGCUGAAGCAGGCGCAGGGCUUCUUGCAGAAGGGCUCCAAGGUCAAGGUGUCGAUGGCGUUCAGCGGGCGCGAGCUGCGGUUCAAGGACCAGGGCAAGGAGCUCAUCCUGCGCUUUGUGGAGGACCUGACCUCGGUGGGCAAGGUGGACGGCGCUAUCAACUUCAAAACCAGCAACUUCUCCGUCACCAUGGCCCCCAACAAGUGA